AUGCAUAACAACACGCACUGCCUGGCGAAGGAGCAGAUUCAGGGCGCCGACAACUUUACCGACGAUGAGAUUUGGACGCUUAUUGACUUUGACCCGAGCAGGGCGAAGCCGUGCCUGGGUGAGCUUCACCUGGCGCGGGUGUGCAGCACGCGGCUGCGCGUCGCCGUCGCCUGCCACGAAACGUGUCCGGAGCACGACCCUGUUGUGGCAGCCAAGAUGCGGACACGGGACAAGGCGCGCCUUUUGGCACUCGUGUACGCCGUUGCCUAUUCAGCUCUACGGUAUACUGACGCUGCCGCCGUCUACCGUCCGGACCUGGGCGGCGUCCUCGCCCGACGUGAGCCUCUGCUAUCCGGCCACGGACAGAGGCAGUGGCUGGCGUGGCCGCUGACGGUAGCGGGGGACGAUGAGGACGCGCAGGCGAUGCAGGCGUUUGUGGAUGAGUGCCACCUGGCCAUCUGGAGGAUGCCCGACGUGUCCAACUCGUCCAUCACGGCGCUGGACAAGCUAGUCACAGGUGUUUUGCGGCCCGCACUUGACGGAGGAUUGCUUUGA